AUGAGAUACUCCAAACUACUAACUAAGAAGUUAUAUAUAGUUGUUGCAUCUGUGUUAGUGAUAUCUACACUUUAUCUAAUUCAAAGCUCUUCAUCUGUAAUACCACUGCCAUUGAAUCCUACAGCGUCCAUAGUAGAUAUUACUAGUAAUAAAGAUUUGCUGGCGAAUCAUGGAGAUUCCACUUUACCCCACAUAGGAAGUCAAAACGAAUUUGCAAAUGGGGAGCUGAAAGAAGGAAAUAGUUUUAAUACGGGACUGCAGCUUACGCUGGAGGAAGAAAAGCUGCUGACUGAGAAGAUUCAGGAGGCUCAAUUACAGCACCAAGAAGAAGUUGAGCACAAGUUGAAUGGAGAUGGAGAAAAAGGAGCAGAGUCACAAAAUGGAGAGGCUGAAGAAAAGGGAAAUGAUAAGAUUGAACAAGGCUUCAAUAUAAAUCAUGUAGAAGGGGAAGAAAAGGGAAAUGAUGUAACUGGACAAGACUUCAAGACAAACCAAAUAGAAGCUGAACAAAAGGAAAACGACCAAGAGAAGGCGAAAGUUCCAAAGCAUGUUCGUUACAUUCCUGAAUCCAUAUUAGCCAACCUUCAACAAUCAACAGAUGCUGCCCAAAUUGAUUGGUCCAAAUUUGCAUAUAUUCAAUAUGCAACAAGGGAAGAUUAUAUAUGUAAUGCUUUGAUUAAUUUUGCAAAACUAAGGUCUGACUUCAAAACCAAAGCCACAUUAAUGUUAAUUCUUACCAAUGAGGCGUAUCUUCAUUUCGGUGAAACCAUGAAAAACGAACUUACCAAACUUGAUGUAAUUAUUAAGGUAGUUAAAAAAUUGCAAUUCAAAAGUGCAGAUGUAACUUGGGUUGAUGGUUUUACGAAAUUUUACGUAUUUGGAUUGGAAGAAUACAACAAAGUUAUAUACCUUGAUAGUGAUGCUACCAUUUUGGGUAACAUGGAUGAGUUAUUUUUCAUUCCAGAUGAAGUUGAUAUCGCAAUGCCGCUAGCAUACGACGAGACUGCUCACAGAAUGAAGCAAAAAUUAGCUACAUAUGACUCAGCUGAAGAAUCGGAAAAGGAAAUCCCAAAGUGUUCUCGUAAAACUGAAGAGGAGAGGUCAGAGUUCGAAUAUAAAAUACUCAACGAUGCCCUUUUGGAUGAAUCCAAAUAUAAAGAUGAAGGAGGAAAAGUAACUGAUAAGAAAGACAUGAAUCUGGAGAUGACGUACCAUUCGUUAGUAUACCAGAGAUUGCCGUAUGUGACAAAUGAAGUGCUAUUCGAUACCUACUAUUUCAGUGACCACUUCAUGGUAAUUAAGCCUAACGAAGAAACUUUCAAAGAAUUACUUGUGCUAUGUGAAACAAAGGGUGAAGGUGAAUAUGAUAUGAAUUUAAUCAAUAAAAAAUUCUCUGUUAAAAAUGUUCUCUCGUCUUUGGAUACUGAAUUGCUAAUUUUACCUCACAAGACCUAUGGGGCAUUGAGUGGGACUUUCAAGGUUCAGGAAUAUGAGCUUUUAUACUAUACGGACCCUACGGAGAUUGAAUGUUAUGCAAGAAAAGAAAUUGAACGAGAACAAAAAGAGCAAGCAAUGAAGGAAGAGAAGGAGUCUGGUGAAGAUAACCAAAAUGAUGUUGAAAAUGGAAAAGAGGACGAGACCAAUUUAAACCAAGAGGAUAAAUCCCCCGAAAUUGAUAUUGAUCAUACUGGACCUAUUGUUGAGCAUGUCGCAUUAUUGCAAGACGACUUAGGCGACGAGAAGAAAAUAGAAGGACAAGACAGUUCUGAAGGGACCGAAUUCCAAGAGAUACCCAAUCCUAUGGCAGGCAAUAAGGGACCCGAAGACAAUACCAAUAAUGAUGGUGAAAGAGCAAAAAUGAUACGGAGAAAUGAAGAUACUAACGUUAGUGAUGAGAUACCGGGAGCACUGGGUGAAAUUAACAGAGCUGAUGAACCCAGUAUAGAAUUAAACGAAGAGGAAAGAAAGUCGAACGAAGAAGAAACUAAUAAAGUUUGGCAAGCAUUAAAACUAGUGCAUUUUUCUGACUAUCCUAUACCGAAGCCUUGGUUAGAAAGACAUCUUGAUGUCUACUACAUUAAAGAUUUAAUAUUAUGCCCAUCAGAGGUGGAGAAGAUGCAAGUGUAUAAAGACAAACCGUAUCAUCCAAGGAUUGUUAACGAUUGUGCUGCCAGCAAUUAUUGGAAUGGAUUGUACGAAACAUUUGCUUUAGAUAGGAGGAACAUAUGUGGUCUAGAACAUUCCCAUGUCAUAACUAAAUAA